AUGUCUGGAACCACACUGAAGGGAACUUUCACGGAUUGCGGUCCUGGGAAUCUGCCACAGUUAGAUUUUGGCUGCGCCGGGCCUAGCUGUGGUGUGUUAGAUCAGUUCCCAGGCGGUGCGAGUGUUGACAAUGGGAAUGGGUUGGACUACAAGAGUAACGCACGUUGCGAUUCCAAAGGCUCGAACUAUAUCAGUCAAUACGUAUUUUCUCAACCUGGAAAUCAAGUGGAUCAUCCCGUUGCCCAAGAGCAGAAUAUCACUCUACCGGACUGCAAGGGAUUGCACGUUCAGAGCGAUGGGACCGGCGCGGGCACAAAAGUGGACGCCGUGACAAGAACCACUGGCGCUGAUUGUGAGCCCCCACCACCACGCGGUUCUACUAUAAUCGUCAUUCCUCUGCCACAAUCAUCCCAGGCUGGGAUUGGGGCCUCUUCCGUCAUCAUUGGACCUCCAUCCCAAUCCUCCGGGGCUGGGGGCGUUCUAGCAUCGGUAGCGUCUCCUCAGGCUUCUUCAUCGUCUAUUGAUGUUGGUGGAAUUAUCAUCAGCGGAAUAGGAGGUGGAGCUACUUCUACAAGAGGAGGUGGAGUAACUUCAACAGGAGGAGGUGGAGCUACUUCAACAGGAGAAGGCUCAGUGCCGACAAAGUCCCCAAAUCCUAUACAGUCCCAGCCCGCUCAGUUCACGGGCCGCGCAACCUGUCACCAGCAUCCGAAAAUUGGAGUCUUGGUAGUCUUCCUUUUUGCCCUCGGAUUCCUUAUCCAAGGAAGCUCAGCUUACCAAUUAAAGCCAGAAAUGGGGCCAGAUACGGAAAGAAGAACGGUGUAUAAACUAAAGCUCAGGGCUCUGUCAGACAAUACACAUUUGUUCGCCAAACAACUGGGGGGAUACGUUGCAUCAAAGGCGAACAACCAAGGGUUCGCAGAUCAGCUCAUCUCAGACACAAUUUCAGCGAUCUGCACGACCUCCUUCACUGGCGGCUCAACUGGGUCCUUCUCCCCGGCGGUCGUCGACGGUUGCGUCACCUCAGUCUAUGACGACAGUUCAUCAAAGAAGGCUGAUGUUGAAUUCCUUUCCGUGUUUGGGGCAUCUAUGUUCUGCAACUAUAUCACUAGCCAGGCCUAUCCUAUCGCGAGCCAGUUCUCCAGCGAAGCAUGCAAGGGCCUUGAGGAUCUUGUAGUAGGGUCUUCAUCAUCAACCGUUCCUCCAGUUCUUCCGCCUACGACUCCAAUUGCUACCCCUCCCAGGAGUACGCCUGCUAUCUCUCCUCCAAGCCCUCCUGUUUCUCGCCCAUCAAACCCUCCUGUAUCUUCUCCGCCAAGCCCUUCCGUUUCUCGCCCAUCAAACCCUCCUGUAUCUUCUCCGCCAAGUCCUUCCGUUUCUCGCUCAUCAAACCCUCCUGUAUCUUCUCCGUCAAGUCCUCCCCUCCCACCUCCCUCAAGUCCCACACCCUCGACUCCCACUCGCCCGUCCUCUACUCCAAUCCCCACGCUAUCCAGUCCUCCUUCCUCGACUCGAGUGCCUCCUUCCUCUACUCCAAUUCCUCCACCUUCCAGUCCACCAUCGACCCCCGUUCCCCCACCUACAACACCGCCUGUAUCAUCGAGCAGGAUACCUACUGUACCGCCAUUUGGGAACUCUUCGAUCCCAUCGCCAACUUCAAAGGUACCCCCAGCAUGCACUACGACCACCCAAGCUCUUUGCAAUGGAGCAUGCGUAAAUCUUUUAUCCGACCCUGCCAACUGUGGGGCCUGCGGCACAAAGUGUCCAUCGGGUACCUGCGCCAACGGCGUCUGUUCUACAAACUCAUGCACAGGUCGAACUUGUAAUACUUUUGCGUCCUGUGGCUCGGGUAGUGGUUGCGUCUGCUACUCUACUUCGGACGGCACGGGCUUCUGUGCGGGCAAUGCCUUGUGCGCUGGGCUCGCAGACUGUACUGCUAGUAGCGACUGUCCGGUUGGCUCUGUAUGUGUGGUGAACAGUUGCUGUACAAGGAAUGUGUGCAUUCCGGCCAGUGCAUGUGGGCCUACAACGCCUGCGGCAUUGUUAAUCCGGGGCUGGGAUGAUGGAAAUGUGACAAGUGGGUAUGCGGCUGGCUGGAGAUUCUGAAGUGGUUGCGUUUGAUGACCGAAGAAGGCGACGGUCUUGCUUUUGAACUUAUUAUCGGUAAGGGUGGGUUUUUUUU